UGUUUACACCUAAAUGAGUUGUUGUUGUUCAUCAAUCCAGUUUAUUAAUCAUCUUUAUCUUGUUUUAAUCUGGUUAAUAUAAAUUACCCUGGAUUCUGGAUCCUGUUAACAAUUAACUGUGUCCUUCCUUUCAAUUUAAACAAAUGAUUGUCUUCAAUUUUUAUUUGAAUCUCGUACCCAUACAAGGGAAUUAAAACCGAUUACUCAAGUGACUUAUUUCUAUGAAGAAAGCCGGGAAACUACAGUUAAACCACAGACAGCAACAUCUUCACCUCAACAUGUAGUUAUGGAUCCAAAUCCUAAGACAAAUGGAACCACUAACACAACCGCUGCCCCGAAGGCAAAUAAAAAUGGAGCUUCCUAUGCAAUUAGAGAGCUUGAUGAUCUGAUGGCCUCUUUAUCCGAUUUUAAGACUUCACCACAACAUAAUGUUACUAAAUCUACUACCAGUAAACCUUAUGGAGCUUCCAAUGCUAUUGGAGAGCUUGAUGAUCUGAUGGCCUCUCUGUCAGAUUUUAAGGUUAAAGAGAAACAAUCUCCUAACCAUGAAUAUGGAAAAGUUCAACCAAAAUCCUCAUCAAUUAAAGGAAUUGCUAAACAAACUCAGGUUCAAAGUAAAGCUCAAACUUUGGACACGAUGAUUGGUGAUCUUCAGAUUGACAUGAGUAAACAUGGCGUAGAUACAACUGCUAAAGGUCAUUGUGCUGCUUGUCAUAAACCAAUCGUUGGACUGGUUGUUACUGCUUUAGGAAGAACCUGGCAUCCGGAACAUUUUACAUGUGUACAUUGUGGAAUCGAAUUGGGGCAAAGAAACUUUUUCGAACGGGAAAAUGAGCCUUAUUGUGAAGCCGAUUAUCACAAUUUAUUUUCACCUCGAUGCGCCUACUGUAAUUCAUCGAUUAUCGACAAAUGUGUCACCGCUUUAGACAAAACAUGGCACCCAGAGCACUUUUUCUGUGCCCAAUGUGGUAAACAAUUUGGAGAUGAAGGUUAUCAUGAGAAAGAUGGAAAACCUUAUUGUAGCGAAGACUAUUUUGAUCUAUUUGCACCCAAAUGUGCAGGAUGUAAUAGCGCGAUCACGGACAAUUAUAUAUCAGCGCUAAAUUCACAAUGGCACCCGGAUUGUUUUGUUUGUAGGGAUUGUCGAUGUCCAUUUAUUGGAGGUAGUUUCUUUGACCAUGAAGGUCAACCUUAUUGCGAGACACAUUAUCAUGCCAAAAGAGGAUCACUUUGUGCCGGAUGUCACAAACCAAUUAACGGACGUUGUAUAACAGCCAUGUUUAGGAAAUUUCAUCCUGAACAUUUUGUUUGUUCAUUUUGUUUGAAGCAACUUAACAAGGGAACUUUUAAAGAGCAAAAUGAUAAACCAUAUUGCCAUUCGUGUUUCGAGAAACUUUUUGGUUAACAAAAACAAAUCGAAACCAUCGUCACCAAUCGCAUUACCAUCAGUGUCACCUCAAGGUUUAUGUCGAACUGACCAUGAACCCGCUUCCACACUUUCUGAGGAUAAUUUACAUCUCUCUCUCUCUCUCUCUCUCUCUACACCCACCAACCAUAACAUAACAAUGACUCAAUAACAAUUAUAAAACCAGCUUAUGACUCCAAUCAUCACCUCGACAAAAUCAACAAUGACAAGACUCUCGCAUCUCUAAUUCACUUUGAAAAUCAAAUACUCAGUCAACACAUCGAAAAUCAUU